AUGGGCGCCCCCCAAAAGAAGGGGAAACCAGGGUCAAGCGCAAAUAUCACUCACAAUGGCUCCCCACCAACACCUGGACCUCCUAACGCCUUCGUCCCUGCCAUCGCACCAGCACCUCCACCCGCUAUUCCUCCCACCACCAAAGAUGAAUGCAAGAUAUUUUCCUUCGCAUUCACAUGGCUUGCACUUCCUUGA